CUCAGAGCGACCUAUCGUCCUGCUCGCGAUACAGAAAAUAGGAGGGCUUUAGACUAAUCAGGACCUCAGAGGAGUGCGCCCUCCAGAGCGAGGCGUGGAGGACAAGGUGGACUGCAGCGACUAAUCAAUGCACUCGCCUGAUACUACACUCGCCUUCUGUAGCUCGCGUUCGAUUUUACACGCUCCACUGUGUUAUAUCGUCUCCGAAUGAACAGCCAUGGGGGAAUGGACCAUUCUCGAGCGUCUCCUGGAGGCGGCUGUCCAACAGCACUCUACUAUGAUCGGGAGGAUCCUACUGACGGUGGUGGUGAUCUUCCGGAUUCUAAUCGUUGCAAUAGUAGGAGAGACCGUGUACGACGACGAGCAGUCCAUGUUCGUGUGUAACACUUUACAACCAGGCUGUAACCAAGCUUGCUAUGACAAAGCAUUCCCAAUAUCUCACAUUAGAUACUGGGUGUUCCAAAUCAUCAUGGUUUGCACACCCAGUCUGUGCUUCAUCACUUACUCAGUGCAUCAGUCUGCCAAACAGAAGGAGCGCCGAUACUCCAUGGUCUACCUGUCCCUUGACAAAGAUCCCGAUUCAAUGAAACGAGACGACAGCAAAAAGAUCAAAAACACCAUUGUGAACGGAGUACUUCAGAACACGGAAAACUCCACCAAAGAAUCCGAGCCGGACUGUUUGGAAGUGAAAGAGAUCCCCAGUUCAGCCAUGCGAACUACCAAAUCUAAAAUGAGAAGACAAGAGGGCAUCUCAAGGUUUUACAUCAUUCAGGUGGUUUUCAGGAACGCGCUGGAGAUCGGCUUCUUGGUGGGGCAGUAUUUCCUGUACGGAUUCAACGUUCCUGCCGUGUACGAGUGCGAUCGCUACCCUUGCAUCAAAGACGUUGAAUGCUACGUUUCGAGACCCACUGAGAAAACCGUGUUCCUCGUCUUCAUGUUCGCGGUCAGUGGGAUUUGCGUGGUGCUCAACCUUGCAGAACUCAAUCACCUGGGCUGGAGGAAAAUUAAAACGGCGGUGAGGGGGGUUCAGGCCAGGAGGAAGUCCAUAUACGAGAUCAGAAACAAGGACUUACCGCGGAUGAGCAUGCCGAAUUUCGGCCGCACCCAGUCGAGUGACUCUGCCUACGUCUAAUGUUCCUUCAUCAGUAGUUCAUCAGAGCAGAGGUGCUCAAUCUUGGUCCAGGAAGAACCUCGGGAUGAACAUUUUGGAUGAAACACACAGUUGAAAUCUUGGAACGAAUAGCUCACUCAAAAAUCCUCGACCUCAUGUUGUUUCAAACCUGUACGACUUUCUUUCUUCUGUGGAACACAAAAUAAGAUAUUUUGAAGAAUGUUUUGGUCAAUGCAAUGAAGUCAAUGUGAUAACACCUGAUCCCACUGACCCUACUGAGAUUUAUCAUAUUUUUUUUUAUAUAUCUUCAUUUGUGGUCUACAGAACAACAUUAGCAUGAGUAAGUCAUGACAGAAUUUUCAUAUUUGGGUCCCAAUAGCAUCCAAAAUGUAUUUCUGAAGGACCCCGGGACCAGGAUUAAAUUUUUGAAACCAUUGCAUUCAAUUAUACAGUAUGCAAGAAAAAUAAUGUUAUGAACUGUUCAUCUCACCUGUUUCAUGGUGGGGUCGAUUGUUUCUUAUCAGUUACUGAAGGGCACUGAUGCAACUUUUUUGUUGGUCAGAACAGAAAGCUUGCAAUGAGUUUUCGACAUUCGUUUUUUCGUUCACAUGAUCAGUUGAACCCGAAAUAUGUUUUGCACUAAAUAUGGAUUUUAAAAAAGCCAAAUCGAACCUGAAUUGUGCUGUGAAGGUCUUUUGUUUCAUUAUAUUGUAUUCUCAUUCUGGUUUUAGCUCACACAUGUGAUAGUUUCAUUUUACUCACCGCAACUUGUUAGACCACAGUUCACAUAUGUUUAUCUGUAUUAUAUGAAUCAUAUCUCUCUUUUGUUUUAUAUAGAUUGGUAUCUUUAAUGAUUUGGUUGCCUGUGUUUGCACCACUGACCUUAACAUAAGUUAUCAUUCCAUUAUAUUUAAGCUGACUUGCAGAUCAGUAGCCGGUGAACUGGCCAACGCUGCAUAACGCUUAACUGUCUAUAUUUUGUAUUUAUUUAUUUAUUAAUGUAUUGGAUUUAUUUAUUUAUUUAUUUAUUGACACCAAAGCGGCCAUUGCUUUCAUUUUUGGAAAACAGACAUGUUGCUUUUAUGUAUUCAAGUGCCAUAUGUGUAAAUAGAUAUAUGCAUAUUACAGUAUAUUGUAAUCCUUAUCAUGAGAUUCCAUGAACUCUUAGCGUGGACUGUUUUAAAGGAUGUCCGAUCCCUUUAAUGUGAUAUGUUCGGAAAUGGAAGAGUGGGGAAAAAAUCCAUCAAUAUUUGACAUUCAUGAAAAGUAUGACAUUGCAUUUUAAGUACAUAUAAAGCACAGUUGAUUAGAAAUCAGUGAUUAAGGGGCUGGGAUUCA